UUAGUAAUAAUAUGUUUAGAAGAUUUUCUAAUUAUUAUAUUAGAUAAAACUUGUUGAAAUAUUUUUUUGGAUGUUUUUAAAAGUUUUGGGUACCAAAAAGUAAUUAAAAGUUUGGGUUGGGUGGAAAAGUAGAUGGAUGUACAUUUUGACGACUUUAAUGGUAUCCGACGCUCUAUUUAAACUUAAGUGAUAUGUCUAUCUCAAUUCUCAAACUUUAGUGGCAACGUAGAUAUGUUACCCAAUUGGUUGCACUAUCUUGAUUUAUUUUCGUUUCAACAUACAUAUUAUAAUUCAAGAAUUUUAAAUGAUUACAACGAGUAUACUACGGGCUAAAAUAUAAAAUUUUAUUUCAUUGCAUUUUGACAUUAAUAUUACAGCAAUAUAUAUUGAUCCAACAUAAUUAUAUUACUACUAAAAUACUAUUUAGUAUUUAUGCUAAUUUAUCGGUGUUUUCUUUUUUAUAUCGGCAUUUCCAUUGCUUGUUGGACAUCUGCAAAAUUCUUUCGUUAAGCGACUAUGAUCAUUCAUCAAUUAAUCUUCUUCUUCUUCAACCAUCCGUCAAGACUCAACUCGCUUAAGGCUUAAGUUAACCAAUCGCUCCAUAGCUCACCAAGCAAAGCUUCACAGGUUCUUUCCUCUCUCCCACCUUCAUUUUUGUUUCCGUGGGGAGUUUGAAUUCCUGGUGCGAUCCACUUUGUUUCAACUUCCCCGCUUAGCGGAUCGCUGGCUUCGUCGCCAUACAUCGCUAUUCAACGGUUCUUUCCUUAAGUCUAUGCUAAUUGACGAAGCUCGUCCUCCCGAUUUGUUUACGAUACGUUGGUGUUGCAUUUUCCCCGUUCCCUUUCCCGGCUUAAUUUCAUCGGCGCUCGAGCUUGUGAGAUCUGCGCCUGGUUUAGAUGGGGGGAACAAAAUUACCGGGAACCUUGCCUCGUUGUUCUCCGUACAUUUUGAUUCUGCUCGGAUUGAUUGGCGUCGGGAGUAUCGUCACUCAGAAGCAUAUGCUUCCUCUGUGUUUUUAGUGCCCUGAAUUUGGAUAGGUCACUGUUAUCGAUUGGAUUGAUGGUGUCUGUUCUUACUGUGAUUUUGUUUGGGAUUAGGGAUUUCAGCAGAAAGUUCUUGAAUUUCUUAUUGGGUUCUUGCUGAUUUUGGCAAUUCUUUAGUUUUAGGGUUAGGGCUCAAUGUGCACCAUGUGAAGCUGGGUUAUUUUUGUGAUUUUGUUUUGGCAGGCAGGCGAUUGAUGCUUGUUGAAGGAAGGAUUUGACAAAAUGAGUGGUAGGGGUUUGAUCUAUAGCUUUGUGGCCAGGGGAACUGUUGUGUUAGCGGAGCACACAUCUUACUCCGGGAAUUUUAGUACCAUAGCUGUUCAGUGCUUGCAGAAACUUCCUCCAAAUAGCAACAAGUACACUUACUCAUGCGAUGGCCACACUUUUAACUUUCUCAAGGACGAUGCAUUUGUGUUUCUUGUGGUUGCUGAUGAGGCGGCGGGCAGGGCAGUGCCCUUUGUGUUUCUUGACCGUGUGAAGGACGAUUUCAAGCAGCGCUAUGCGGGGAAUAUAAAAAAUGAGGAACACCCUCUUGUCGAUGAUGAUGACGAUGACUUGUUCGAAGAUCGAUUUAGCAUUGCUUACAAUCUCGAUAGAGACUUUGGGCCAAGGCUUAAAGAGCACAUGCAGUACUGCAUAGAACAUCCUGAAGAGAUCAGUAAGCUGUCCAAAUUGAAAGCUCAAAUCACUGAGGUCAAGGGAAUUAUGAUGGACAACAUUGAGAAGGUGUUGGAUCGUGGAGAGAGGAUCGAGCUCCUGGUUGACAAAACAGACAGUCUGCAGUUUCAGGCGGACAGCUUCCAAAGGCAAGGUAGGCAGCUGCGGCGGAAGAUGUGGUUGCAGAAUCUCCAGAUGAAGCUGAUGAUCGGCGGUGGAAUACUCAUCCUCAUUGUAGUACUGUGGCUCCUCGCUUGCCGCGGUUUCAAAUGUUAGCUGUGUUACCCUGCCAAACUGUAGAAAUUAUUCACUCUGUAAUCUGUCUCUGGUACUUCAUUGCUCUGUUUUUUUUUUUCUUCUUCUCCUUUUUACUUCCAUUUUUACCUCUUCUGCUUCUGUUUUUUUCUUCCUGUCUGUAAAAAAAUAAUAACAUAGCUGGUUUGUGAACCGGACCGGCUAUGGAAAUUGGAUUGCACCGUAUAGCUAGUUCACAUGUCGUUCCGGUUAACUCUCUACUCGCCGAAACCCUUCGAUCUCCAUAAUCGUAUAUGUACAAGCUUUUGCCGAAUGGAUUGACCAUAUAGCGUAAUAUUCGAACCCACCCGAAAUUGCCACAACAUUAUCUGUCAUUCCAUCCUUUCAUUUUCAUCCACACCAAAUACCAAUCUAUGAAAGUAUGUGUUUAAUAGUAAAUAAGAAAGGAAAAAUGUG